AUGAAAAGGCCUCCCAUGCAAAUUACGGAAGGCAAAAGUUGCAGCCCAACUACGAAGGUUAGGGAAGAAAGGGACGAUACACUUGAGCAGGACUACUUGAAACAUCAGGCCAAACAGCCAUUAAGGGGAGAAGGGACCACUCUGCAAACCCAAAUGAGAACACACUGCCUCCAGACGCGUAAUCCAGGCGAAACAACCGCACUACCCCAGAAAUCGGAAAGCACAGUAAAGACUACUUCUCAGAGAAAAUGA